GUUGCUAGCUGUGCUUCUGAUAGGGGGAGCUGUGCAUGCGGAACCUAAAGCCAAGCCCGACAAAACGUGUCGCUCGGCUGGUGUACUCAAGUUCGACGCGGAGACACUCCCCAUGCAGCGCACUAAGGGGAUGGAGGUGUGCAGCAAAUACCGCAAGAACACGUGCUGCAAUGCCUCUCACGCUCAUGCUCUCCGAUUGAAGAUUCGGGAGCCAGUAGUAGCAAAGUUCAGUCGCAAAUGCCAGGCGUUGACGGAGGAGAUGGCGUGCUCGUCGUGUCAUCCGCUAAUGGGAACGUGGGAGAUGAAGAACGUGUGUCCGAGUCUGUGCAACGACUGGUACGAUGCCUGUAAGGACGAAUAUUACGCUUACGGAGGAGCUGGCACGGUGGCUCCAUGCUAUGGCAAUGCACUUGUCUGCUCGCCACUCAAGUCAAUUGCCAAGUCUGGUGCAGACUUCUGCGUCCACAUGGGGUUCCACGUAGGCACCGAUACGGACGCUGAAGGUAUCGACUGCUUCGACGGAUCUGUACCUGAACAAGUGGGCGAAGCAGAACCCACUGAGCCGUGGCAAAUGCGACUGAAGCGUAUGUUGGAAGAGGAGGCCGAGAAUCCUUCCGGAUUGUUCAUCGCAGGCUGCUUCGUUAUUGUUACGAUGAUUCUCAUGGGCGGGAGACUUGCCAGACAGUUCGGCGAUCCUUUUGGUGGCGACCAACUCAGCCUCAUGGAAGUGCGUCGCUUGCAACAAGAGCGUUAUGAACGCGGGGAGGAGAUGUACGACGACGAGACCGACAGCAGCAGCGACGAAGGGCACGCACCGCGGUCAACGAUCGACCAAGUUGACGACGACGGUGAGCCCAGCAUGCCUGCUACUUCUAGUACAUCAUAA